AUGCAAUAUAACAUAAAGGAAAUCAUUGCUCGAUUAAAUGAACAAAGAAAGACAGUAUAAUUUAGACAUAGAACUCUUAACACUGAAAAUUCUUAACCAACUUAAAUUUCUGAUGCCAAACGAAGGUUAUCGACUCUUGAUCCUCCAACGAUGAGUAUGUAGUUUUUAGAAAUUGACGUAAUGAAAUAAAAAGAAAACAAAGAAUAUAAAAAAGUUACAAACAAAAGAGUUUAAAUAUAAAAUAAACAACGUCUCAUGAUGUUAUAGAGUAAAAAGAACACUUAACCUCAAAAUCAUUCAUCUUUCCUUCCAUUGAUAGAUUUUUCAUAAUUAAAUAAUGAUCCUCUACCGAUUGUAUAUCCUAAACAUGACAAAAUGAUUAGGCUAAAGAAGAUAACUUCUAGAGUAAUGGAUUAAUUAUUCUGA